AUGAGGAGUCAUACUAAGUAAUUAACAAUUACACAAGAAAAUCAUUUCCAAAGUUAAAUCGUUGAAAUUACACAAACAAUUCGUAUUCUAUUUUACAAUUUCAAGGUUCUGGCAAGUAUAAGAUGGCAUUUUAAAAAAUUAACAAAGAAUUUGAAAGAUCAUUGAUUAUGUAAACAGGAUGGCGUAUUCGUUUGCAAUUAUUAAGAAGAGGAAUAGUUUGUCUUAUUAAAAUUCUCAAAUCCUAGGCUAAGAAUGGACUCAAACAUGAAAAUUAAUUACAUUUAUUGAGAAAGCUAUAACAGUUUAUUAUGUUUUACUUUGAAUUACUAGAAAAUCAAGCAAAAGAAUAUAGUAUUAUCUUAUACACUAUUUAAUAGAAGUAUUUUAUCUAAAGGACAUACUUUAUCGAAUAUCCUAAAUUCAUCUCUUAAUUUUUUAAUUAUCUAAACUUCAUGAAGAUGUUCGAUGUAUGUUAGUUUGGAAACCAGAAUUAUAUUUUAAGGAUUCUCGUUUCAAUAGAAUUAAGUUUUAAUACAAUAUAUAAGUUGGUCAUCUUCAUUUCCAAUUUAAAUUAUUUGAUGUGGCAAUAUCAUAUUAUAAGGAAGCAAUUGGAGAAUGUCAAUAAAUACUUACUGAUAUUAUUGAUUAGGACUUUCACUUGAAGAAACUAUAUGAUCAGUAUUAAAAAGUGAUUACUUGGAUCAUUAUAACUCUAUAUAUUAUGACGUUUAUUUAUGAAUUGCAAUCAGAUUAUAAUAAAUUAUUAGAAACUUAUAAAGUAGCUAUUUGGUUAUCAGAAUUAAUUGAUAAUUUUGGAUUAACAAUGUUUUUAGAAGAGUAAAUUCAUUUAAACUAAAAUUAAGUAUCAUAAUAUAUAAUAAUCUUAUAGUAUAAAGUAUAUUUGUUAGAAAUAAAAGAAAUUAAUCAAAUACUUGCACCAAUAUUUCCUUAACCCAAGACAAAUUAUAAUAAAAAUUCUAAAAAUGAUUAUUGGACAGAAACUAAUACUAAAUUUUACAAAAAAUUCAAUCAAGAAAUAAAUGGGUAAUUAUAUUCAAUCCUUUAAUAACCAGAGGAUACAAGUUAUAAAAAAAAUUAAUUUAGAUUAACAGAAUAAGAAACUACCAUCCAAUCAUAUAUUCAUACACCUCGUUAACAUGAAAAAUGUAGAACUUUAAAUUCAUUGGAUGAUAUCAAAAUUAGUAAAUAAACUACUGGAAAUCCAUCACCUUAACACUCUCAUAGAACUACUGCAAUUAUUAAUCAUGCUAAAACUAGAUCAUAUAAAUAUACUACUAAUAUAGAUAAUAUUUUGUAGAGAUUUCCAAAAAGAGAAAUUGAAUAAUUUUCUACUUUAAAAGCAAAAAAAGAAUUGGAUCUUUAUUAUCAAUAAAAAGUUUUAUCAUCCUUUGAUAAUUCAAUAUAGAUCAAAUCUUUAAAAUCAGUUAAAUAAUAAAUAUCUUCUUAAUAAGAAGUAGAUAAGAUUUGUUAAUCUGAUCUUAUUGUAGGCAAAAAAUUAUUAAAAUUUUAAAAAUACACACAUUAAAGAGUUGCUACAAAUUCAAAUAUUAUGAAAAUUAUUUCAGAUAUAUCUAAAGAGUAAGAACAUCUAGAAGGUGUCAAUACUGCUAGAUUAGUAAUUUAAGGAUCAUAAGAUAUUGAAUAGAAAAUAAGAGUUUAAAUGUAACAUAUCAUCAAAUAAAAAUCAAUGCAUAAUGAAGGGGAAUUGAUGGUAAAUUAUUUAAUAUUAUCAUAUAGAAUCUUAAAGCUUUAGUAUCAGAUUAUGAACAAAAUUUAUCAAAAGUUCCUACUAAUCAUGAAUAAUAAAUUGAGUAAUCCUACAUAUCCAAAUUUUUAAAAGAAAAAAAUUAUUCCAUCAUAAGAUCUAUAGACUAAACAAUCAAACGUACAGCUCCAGAAUAAGUAAAAGUCAGAAAAUCUUUUUUAUCUCGGAUUCAAGAAAGCCUGUUUAAUAAAUGAGU